CCAGUUAAUUUUAACGGUCCUCCGUCAAAGUCGCCUCUCUUCUCCUCCACCACUUAACGUCAGUGGUCCGUUUGACAAACAGACCUGUGACUGUGAGUGAAGAAGAUAAUGCAGACUCACCUUUUGGUGGGACCUAUCCCACUCAAAGGCUACCGUCGAUUCUCUUCCUCCUCCUUCUCCGGCGAUCUCCUCCCUCCGUCGUCUAACCCUAUCGGCCGAGACCUAUUCCCUCACCGUCGAAGGCACCGCGACGGCAAAUCUCGGAGUUACCGUAAUCGCUCGAAAACGACGAUUACUAGUGCUGCGUUUUCUUCAAGUUCUAAUACCGGCGGGCAGAAUCAUUACGCUGUUUUGGGCAUCGCUCGAAACGCCACACAAGGUGACAUCAAGAGAGCUUAUCGUUUGCUAGCUCGAAAGUUUCAUCCUGAUGUUAAUAAGGACUCUAAAGCCGGAGAGCUAUUCAAGAGUGUCCGUUGUUCCUACGAAGUACUAUCUAAUGAAGCUACAAGGACUCAGUACGACAGAGCACUUAAACUUCAAGAAAAUUCCCGGUUCCAUAGAGUGAAAAGGCACAGCUACACCCCUGAGGUUGAAGAUGCCAUGAAGUAUUACUACACCUGGUCUGAGAAAAGACAAAGAUCCAGACACGGGAGAUUCUAUGGACACUAUUCUACAUAUCCAAACUCACAUUUCUACGCUGAGACCGAGCCGCAAGAAGAAGAAGGAGUAGAAACAGCACCAGACCAGCGAGACUCAUUUGUUGAAGCUCUCAAAUCCGCCUUCUUAUCGAUGUUUCUUCUAUAUACAUUCGGUUGCCUAGCAUCUCUCACAUUUAGCACAUUCACAGCGUUGCUCGACAAGGAACUCGACAUGGGUUACAAAGUCGGAUUCAUGAUCGCUUGGAUACUUGGCGGAAAAGGCGGUAUCCUUCUUACUCUCUGCUUAACAUUUGCAAGCUGGCUCUGUGGGAAAGCAAGCAGCAGCGUGGUGGUUCUUGUGUUAGUAGCAAUGUGGGUUGGCUCUAAUUUAGCUAGACAUGCUCCUCUUCCACAAGGUGCUCUUCUCACCCUCCUCUACAUGUCAAUCAAACUUCAAGUCGACUCAACCUGAAUCUUCUGUAAGUUUCCACUACGUUUUAGAUUGUAAAUAGCUAAGUUACAUUAUUUGUAUCCUAUGAUUUGGGUCUUGGAGAAAAAUGAUUAGUAGUAAAGAGAAGAAAUUGCUUGAAGGUUACAAACUCUUUGUUAUUCUUUUUCCAAGAUUACAAAUCAAUGAAUCAAAAGUUACAAAAUUCAGGAGAAAGAUUAGAACAAAUGAAUACUAAACUCGUAAAGUAUCAUUAUUAUUGUUUCUUACACUUUCUGCACAAAGAAGAAACCAAAAAAAAAAAGAUGAAAUCUUUUCGUAUUCGUUCAUCAUCAUCUUCAUUGAGAUUUCUCUCUCAUUUCCUUGAGAUUCCUCCAAAGGUAUCUUCCGCUAGCCAUAUCGACGAACACCCAAAACCCAUUCUCCAUCUUCUGUUAAAAUAGCAAUUCAACAAAGAAACAGAGAAAUUAGAACAAAUCACCAGAAAUUAACGAAAAAGGAACGAGAUUUAUGCUUACCUUUUUGAGAUUGAGUUCUUGUUUCUCAUUCAAUUCGUCCGGUGAAUCGAAUUCCGGCGAAGAACUCACCGUCUUCCAUGCGAAAUAUCCGGCGAGUACAGCUGAGAAGAACACCAAUAAGAACCUCAUCGGACACAUAUUUUUUUGAAUUGGAAUAUGAUCUCAAUGUGUGACGAAGAAUGAGAAGUUUUAGGGUUCGUAAGAUUCUGGGAAACGAAGAAUUGUGUGAGAGAAGAGAGAGAUAUAGAGAAAUUAUAAAGGGGGUGAGAUUGAGAUUACAUGUCUCCCCUCUCGCCACUACGAGAAAAAGGAAACGCGUUUCUGAA